AUGAAGAACAUGCAGAUUGCUUUAAAUGUUGCUGGCAAUAGUUUUAACCUGCAAAAAUAUGACUUUGCAAGAAAUCCAUUAUUUUAUAAUUAUGAUAAAUUCUUAUUAAAUGUUAAUUUUUUCCAUAUUUUGGUAAUCAAAUAUAUUCUUACAUUUCUUUUUCUAUCUUAUCAUUUAUUACAGGUGUUCAUAUCUAUUGUCAGCGAAACUUCCAUUCAUUCCAAAUUCUGUAAAGAUGAAUUAUCCUUGGCAUAUAUUUCAAACAAAAGCAUUUUCCCUGUUAGCAUUUCUUCAGAUGAAAAUCUCCUUUCGUCUAUGGAUACUGGGAUGAGACUGAAGCUGGCAGGUAUGCAGUGGUAUAAAUUUCUUGAUAAGGAGAGGUAUCCAGAAACCAUGAAUGAACUUUUGAAGGACAUAAAAGCUGUAUUAAAUGCUAUUAACAACAAGCAGAAUGCUGAAUCGAAGAGGCAACAACGAUCAACUAAGAUUUACAGCAAACAAAACCUUGAAACUCCUAUUGAUUAUUGGGACAGAAAAUAUACAGAAAACCAAAUAGACUGGAAUCAAUUUUGGUAUGAUUUGACCUGUGAUUAUAAAGGCUUGUUUAGCGCUUACACUCCUGAUGAUCAAAACUGGCUGAAAUCUAUCCUCCGGUGGGAGAUGCAUAUAACUCGUGAUGGGUGUCUUAAACGAGAUAAAUUUAUUGAAUUUUGCACUGUGGAUGGAAUAAUUUCAUGUUUGUGGCAAAGGAUAGAAGAGCAGGCAAGGGAAAGUUAUGCUAUGAAAGAAGUGUUUAACAUAAAUUCUCAUGUCCGCGUAGAAGCCAUUGAAAAUCUUAGUAAAUUCAAAAGCCGAGAAGUUGUUGAUGCUUUAAUCUACUUAGUAUCGAACGAUGAAGAACCGAAUGUUCGUACUGUUGCAGCCAUUUGUCUUGCCCAGACUGGUGCUAAUGAUGAUAUAACAAUUCAAGCAUUAAUAGAUGUUCUUGAAGACAAAGAUCGUUUAGUGAGAGAAGCUGGAUGUUUGGCACUUGGACGUUCACAAGCACACAAAGCUGUACCUACUCUAUUAGAAUUAUGGCGAAAUGAUGUCAUUGCUGAUGUUCGAACGGCUGCAGAAGUGGCUUUGCAACAGAUUGGUGGUGAUGAAGUAAAACAAGCAAUGCAUGUCACAAAAAUGUUGGGGAGAGAAAUACACGAACUUACAAAAUUCGCUGAGAAAGAAUCGGGACACAGUUAAAUUGCCAAAAUAUAUAAAAACUCAUUUAUUUAUUUAUUUAUUUAUCUUUUGUAAAUAAUCCUUGAAAUCACAAGGAAAAAAGUAUCUACAGAAAUUUCGAGCAAACUUCAUGUUGGAUUUUAAAGAAAGGGAUUAAAUAAGCUGUUGAAUCACAUAACAAAAAUUUAUUUCUUUAUUGGAAUACAUUCAAUAUUAUCUGCAAAAGGCUAAAGACGUGUUGAAGUGUAACGGCGGUGCAUCAGCAUGGCCGCAGCUCUGAGCUGAAACUAUAAAAAAGAACAAAAAAAAAGGAAAAAAAACUUUUAAUUUAAUCAAGAGUUGUAUAUUUUACAUGUAGUAAAGUGGAAAUAUUUUAUAUCCUUUCACAUUAUCAAUUCAUAAAAAUGAAAUUAGAUGUGUGAAAAAUGAAACUUUGUAUUCAUGGUAUGUGUUUUUACACAAAUUUUUUUUUUUUUUUUUAAAUUCAUUUCUUAGUUUGUAGAAAAAAUAUAAUUACAAACAUGAUGAAUGUGUUGAUGAUUCUUUGUAUGUAUUUAUUUUAUUUACAAAAUGGAAGAAAUGACAUUAAAAGAAGUCAACGUUAUUAUUAUUAUUUGUCCUGCAAAUAAUUAAAAUUAGCAUUUUGUACAUAUAAAUAGUAAAUCGAGAUUCCAGCUGUGCUGAAACUACAUUUUAAUUUUUUUUUCUACAUCCCUGACUAUCUAAAAGUGUUCUUAAAGCAACAGUUUAUUUAAGUGUAUUCGUUAAAAUGACGUUAAAAAAUACUACAAAAAUAUUAGCAUAUUUCAGUAGAAGAUACGAUAUUAAAAAAAAAAUAAUAAAAUAAAUCUCAAGUGUUGUGGAUUAGCAGAAUCAAUUAAAAUGGAGGAUAAGAUGCUGUAUAUGUUCUGAGUUCAAAUUCCACUAGAAUUGGAUUGAUUAAAUAAAUUACCAGAAAAGAACAGCUGUCAAUAUAACUGACUGAAGCUCUCCCUAAAAGUAGCCCUACUUAAUAAUUUAACAAUUCAUCAUUCAUGAAAUAUAUUUCAUUUUUAGAAGAGAAAAAGAAAAAUUUUUAAUGGCCCUCCCAAAUUUAUUAUCUGGUGUCAGAGUAAGAUUUCUUAGUUUCUCAUAAUUAUUAUGAUUCGUAUUUUGAAAAUAUUAACAUUCCAAAUGAACUAGCCUAAAACCAGCAAAAAUAUUCAUUUUAUAUAUGUAUAUAUAGUUUUACACGAUUUUUAAAUAAAUUUUUAAAGGACAAACUUAAUGAUGGCCACUUUUAUGUUUGUUUUUUUUCAGGGAAAUGUAAAAUAUUUCUUCAAAUUACAACUUUUUUUAUAUAAUAAAUUAUGUAUUUUUAAUAAAAAAGACAACUUCA